AUGGACAAAGACACUGUGCUGAUUAGCAAUGCGCAACACAACUCUGAGCAGAGCUCCGACGAUGACAUUCUUUUCACAGAGACCAGUCAGCGUCACCGGAACAUUUCUCCAGAGAUGGACAAGACGCGGGAGAUAGUGCGCACGUUGAGCCCGGAUUUGAGAGGAGAACUCGAAAAGGAAGAAGAAGAAGAAGGCAUAUGGGAAGGCGAUCCUACGUUGCUCCCGGAUUCGCCGUAUCCGGAAGUGCGUGCCACGGUAGCCAACACAGAUGACCCUACGGUUGUGUUGAACCAUUGGAGAACUUGGUUUUUGACAACCAUUUUCGUUGUGGUUUUCGCCGGUGUAAACCAAUUUUUUUCGCUUCGGUAUCCAACGUUGACGAUCAAUUUUCUCGUCGCCCAAGUGCUGUGCUUCCCUGUGGGCAAACUUUUGGAACUUUUACCGGACUGGAAGUGUAAGCGAGUUCCCUUUUUCGAUCUUAACCCGGGCCCCUUCACCCAGAAAGAACAUGCGGUCGUUACCAUUGCGGUGGCGCUUACGUCGUCCACCGCGUACGCUAUGUACAUUUUGAACGCCCAAACAAAUUUCUACAUGAUGGAAUUAAAUGCUGGCUAUCAGAUUCUGAUUGUGUGGUCCUCGCAGAUGUUGGGAUACGGCAUUGCAGGUAUGACCAAAAGAUUUGUCGUGAACCCUGCUUCCUGCAUAUGGCCUCAAACCCUAAUUUCGGUUUCGUUGUUCGAAUCUUUGCAUUCCCGUAAGAUCGACCGGUCCCUGGUCAACGGGUGGUCCAUGUCCCGUUACAAGCUAUUUUACAUUGUUUUCGCUGCUAGUUUCGUGUUUUACUGGGUCCCAGGAUUUUUGUUCACGGGUCUAUCCUACUUCAAUUUUGUGCUAUGGGGAUCCAAGACAAGACACAAUUUCAUUGCUAAUACCAUCUUCGGUGUUCAAAGUGGUGUCGGUGCGAUUCCACUUUCAUUUGACUACACCCAGGUUUCUCAGGCCAUGACCGGUUCUGUUUUCGCAACUCCAUUCUGGGUCUCGGCAAACACGUAUGCGUCGGUGCUCAUUUUUUUCGUCAUCGUCUUACCAAUUCUUUAUUUCACCAACACCUGGUAUGCCAAGUACAUGCCGGUCAUUUCUGGAUCCACUUACGACAACACGCAGAAGAAAUACAAUGUCACCAAAAUUUUGAACCCAGACUAUUCCAUUAAUUUAGAAAAAUACAAAGAGUACUCUCCGUUAUUCGUUCCAUUCUCUUAUCUGUUGUCGUACGCUCUCAACUUUGCCGCUGUUAUGAGUGUUUUCGUGCACUGUGGGUUGUAUCAUGGCAAAGACAUCUGGGCUAAAUUGAGAAACAAGAACCAUGGUGGCGAUGACAUCCACGUUAGACUAUACAAACAGAACUACAAGGACACUCCAAACUGGUGGUAUGGAGCAGUACUGGUCGCCACUUUGGGUAUGUCUUUCGGUGCCGUUUGUGGAUUCGAAACUCAUUUUCCUGCAUGGGCCUUUGUAGUCGCCGUGCUAAUUUCUUUGGUCAACAUGAUCCCUCAAGGUAUUUUGGAGGCCAUGACCAACCAGCACGUUGGACUUAAUAUCAUUACAGAACUAAUUUGUGGCUAUAUGCUACCUUUCCAACCAAUGGCCAAUUUGCUUUUCAAGCUGUAUGGUUUCAUUGUCAUGAGGCAUGGACUUGAUUUCAGCAGAGACCUGAAAAUGGCUCUCUACAUGAAAGUUCCUCCCAGAUUGAUUUUCUGGAUCCAAAUGUAUUCGUCCAUUAUCUCGGGUCUCGUCAAUGUUGGUAUUCAAGAGUGGAUGCGUUCAAAUAUCAAAGAUAUUUGCAGCUCGACUCAACCGGAUGGAUUCACUUGCGCCAAUGGUAGAACUGUUUUCAAUGCCUCGAUCAUUUGGUCUAUGCCUAAGUACCUUUUCUCUCCUGGCCGAAUUUACAAUCCGCUCAUGUGGUUUUUCUUGAUCGGUCUUGGUGUGCCAUUUGUUGUCUUUGGAUUGCAAAAGCUCUUCCCAAGGAACCAAUUCCUGAAGUAUAUCCACACACCCGUCUUUUUCACCGGUCCGGGCAACAUUCCUCCAAGUACACCAUACAACUACUCUUUGUUUUUCGCCAUGUCAUUUGUGCUUAAUGCCAUCAGGAAAAGAUGGCCUAAGUGGUUUAGCAAGUACAAUUUUGUCACCGGUGCUGGUGUUGAAUCUGGUGUAGCCAUUUCAGUUGUCAUCAUUUUCCUAUGUGUUCAAUACCCUGGUGGGAAAUUAAACUGGUGGGGAAAUUCGGUUUGGCAAAACACUUACGACAAUGACUAUAAGAAGUACUAUGUUUUAAAGAAAGGCGAGACAUUUGGGUACGACAAGUGGUGGUAA